AUGCCACCCCGUAUCGUGCAACUCCCCCAAGCGGUCGUCGAUCUCGGCGGCGAACUAGAAGAACUAGUAUACAUUAAAGCCGCAAUUGCAAUCUACGACCGAACCAUGUUGUCAAUCCUCAACACGCCAACAACACCCGCACAACUCAAUCUCCACCACGGAUCCUGGCUGCAGGCCAAGUCGAAAGUGGCAUCGUUGCAUCGGAGCAUCGUGGCAGAUUUCAAUCGCCUGCCGCGGCAUAUGAAACGAUCUUUUGUUAGGGCUAAUCGGGCGAGUCUGGAUGAGCAUGGGUUUCGGCCUUCGGCGGAUGAUUUGGAGAUUACGCGGCCUGGUAGUCGGGGGGUUGUUAUUUUGCUUUGA